AUGGCAUCAAGAAGAAUGGAGACCAAACCAGUGAUAACCUGCCUCAAAACGCUCCUUGUCGUCUAUUCCUUCGUGUUUUGGAUCACGGGGGCAAUCCUCUUAGCUGUGGGACUAUGGGGAAAGUUUAUGCUGGGUGCGUACAUAUCUAUCAUCGCUGACAGCUCCACCAACGCUCCUUAUGUUCUCAUUGGCACCGGAACCUGCAUCAUCGUGUUCGGACUGUUUGGAUGCUUCGCUACCUGCCGCGGGAGCCCAUGGAUGCUCAAGCUGUACGCCAUGUUCCUGUCCCUGAUCUUCCUGGCAGAGCUUGUGGCUGGCAUCUCCGGCUUUGUCUUUCGUCAUGAGAUAAAGGGAACCUUCCAGAGGACCUUCAGUGAGGCAGUGAAGAACUACAAUUCCCAGGACGAGAGGAGCCUGGCUGUGGACAAUGUGCAGCGCAGUUUGAAAUGCUGUGGUGUGUUGAACUACACCAGCUGGUUGUCCAGUAUCUGGUUCCCUAACAACGGCAUCCCACCCAGCUGCUGUGCCAGCAUCUCUGACUGUAACGCUUCUGACCUGCGCAAUGUCACCAUAGCCCCCAGCAAGGUCCACCAGCAGGGCUGUUAUGAGCUGGUGACUGACUUCAUUGAGACUAACAUGGGGAUCAUUGCUGGAGUGACAUUUGGAAUAGCUGUCUCACAAUCAAUUGGUAUGCUGUUGGCAUGCUGUCUGUCGCGGCUUAUCACUGCCAACCAAUAUGAGAUGGUGUAGCAGUGAGGUGCAGGGAGACCAGGAGGAGAGAGUACACGUCACCUUGGAAACUGGGGAAGAACACACCCAAACGCUGGCACACUCCAUUCUUACUUUUCCACUCCUUAUCUUCCUUACUUUAUCGCUCUCUUUUUCUCUCUUUCAUCUGUUUGAACACAUUCCUUAAUAUGCCAUCAUGCCAUGAUUAAAAAUGUUUCCUUUCAAGACCUUAAUUCUUCUAAAAAUGAAUGGUUGUCGAUUAGCACCUGCCUCAGCCAUAUGCUCUGAUCCAGGCAUGCCAUGCCUAAUUCAAACAGUACCAAUCUC